CCCUCCUAUUGAACAACUCAUCUCUCUCUCUCUCUCUCUCUCCCCAUUCUAUUCUCCCCCUCCCAAACCAGAGGAUCAGAGAGAGAAGAACGCCACCAUAUAUCCGAAGUCCACACCAUACUCCCACCGCUCUAGAUUCGAUCUCUUCAUCGCUUUAUCCUUUCUUCUUCGAUCAAUCUCCCAAUCGAUCUCCGAAAAUAAUGAUUUUUAAUUUUUUUUCUUCUCAUAAGAGGACUAGGGGCUAAGAAAAGAAAGGAGGUCAUCAGCGGGUGGAAAGUUCGCAGAUGCUGCAGGAAUCUGUGGGAAAAUCGUCGAUUUCUUCGCGCCCAAAACCCAAAACAAAGUGCAACUUAUCUAAGCAUUGUGGAGAAUUAUCCUGAAAUCAUUCAAUCGUGAAUUAUAGCCUCUACAGUUUAAUCCAGGCAGCAUCUAAUGGAUGCCGAAGCGAGCGGGGCUUCUCCUUCAAUCCCAUUUCACAACAUCACAGACCAGCCUCUGUCACUGAUCACUCCACUGCAGCAAAGCCUCCAGCGCUGCCAGCGCCUUGGCUUUGGGAAUGUCCACCCGGGAGAGUUUCCUUUGGCAACAAAGCCGUCUAUCGUCCUUCAUGUUCUUACCUCAUGUGACAUGGAUCCCGAAGAUCUUGCACACCUAGAGGCAACAUGUAAGUUCUUUCGACAGCCUGCCAAUUUUCUUCCAGACUUUGAACUGUCCAUAUCCGAGCUCGCAGCCCUUGAUAUGUGCCAGAAAAGAGCUGUAUUUAAACCCAUGACAAUAGAGGACAGAGAAAUGUUUAAACAAAGAUGUGGUGGUUCUUGGAAGUUAGUCCUUCGCUAUUUGCUAGCAGGCGAAACCUGUUGUCGAAGAGAGAAGUCUCAGGCAAUUGCUGGUCCUGGUCACAGCAUUGCCGUGACAGCAAGCGGGGCCGUUUACACCUUUGGAGCGAAUAGCUCAGGCCAGCUUGGCCAUGGAAAUCAAGAAGAAGAGUGGAGGCCGCGCAUUAUCAAAUCACUGGAAGGCAUUCGAAUUAUCCAAGCAGCUGCAGGAUCUGGAUGUACUAUGCUGAUCAGUGAUGCCGGAAGGGUCUAUGCAUUAGGAAAGGAUUCUUUUGGAGAAGCAGAGUUUGGAGCUCAGGGAUCUAAGGUUAUCUCAAAACCUCAGCUUGUAGAGUCCUUAAAAGGGAUCUAUGUAGUUCAAGCUGCCAUAGGAAACUUCUUCACAGCUGUUCUCUCUAGAGAGGGUAAAGUAUAUACCUUCUCUUGGGGUAAUGAUGCCAAGCUUGGCCAUCAGACAGAGCCUAACGAUGUUGAACCACAUCUUCUUAGGGGAGCACUUGAAAACACUCUGGUUGUGCAGAUUGCUGCAGGUUAUUGCUAUCUUCUUGCACUGGCAUGCGAACCAAGUGGCAUGUCAGUAUACUCUGUUGGUUGUGGAUUAGGAGGGAAGCUGGGGCAUGGUUCAAGAACUGAUGAGAGGUAUCCAAGAUUGAUUGAGCAGUUCCAAGCUUUAAAUCUUCAGCCAAUGGUGGUUGCUGCGGGAGCUUGGCAUGCUGCGGUUGUAGGAAGGGAUGGUAGGGUAUGUACCUGGGGAUGGGGACGCUAUGGAUGCUUAGGACAUGGAAAUGAGGACUGUGAAUCAGUUCCCAAAGUAGUGGAGGCCUUGAGCAAAGUCAAGGCUGUCUAUGUUGCUACUGGUGAUUACACGACAUUUGUGCUCUCUGAGGAAGGAGAUGUUUACUCAUUUGGCUGUGGAGAAUCUGCAAGUCUUGGACAUGCCAGGAACAUUGAUGGACAGGUUUGUCAUAUUUUUCCUUGAGCAGCAAUCAUUUUU